UCAUGCUUUGAUAAUAAAAGAUCAAAUACAAAAACAAUUACAAAUUGUAAAUAUAAAGAUGUAAGACUUGCAUUAAGAAGAUACGUAACUACGGAUUUAUAAAACUAAAAACCAUUUAAAUAUUUAGUUUUAUUGACUUCACAUAACAAAGCUAAAAAUGAAAAGAUAAAAAGUUGGAGUUAAGGAUUUUUCUUCAUCAUGCAGCAAUUCACAUUAAUAGGUGUCUGCUGUUUGACUGUAGUAACUGCUUGGUAUCCAAUCAACCCUGCGUCUCCAAAAACCUCUAUUGUAGAAGACCCAAACACCUCAGAAAGUGAUGACCUGGAAACCCCUGAUUAUGAACCACUUUUGAGUCGAGAUCUUGACAUUCCUCUGCCCGAGGACCCUGAAACCACUGAUAUUGAGGUCCCUCAAGUCCCUGAAGCCCCUAUGAAUCGUGAGCUAGAAACCCUGUCUGUUGGACCUGGAGGUGGCCCUACAAAGAGCAUAGAUGGAAUAACAUACAGUUUUGUUGCAUUUGAUGAACUGUACAACCUAACACGUGAACAACACGACACCUUGGCGUACAACUAUACGCAGAUGCAGUUCACACCUAAUGAGCCAAUAAAACUCCGAGUGCCAACAACUUUAGCGUUUGAUAUCAGGUCCCCACUGAAGAAGUACUACCCGCCAAAUCUAAACCCUCCUAUGGAAUAUAACUUUUCAGAUUUCCCGCAGGAGGACCAUUUAACACACAUUUACAGGAAAGAAUUAGAAAUAAGCAAGGUGGAUGUGGAUCCUCAUUUAGUUGAUCAGAAUAAUUUGAAGUUUAUGUUAAACAACGUGUUUACCCUGCCCAGGAAUGAGGAGACGAAUUCUACUCUCAAGGACAGUAUAGGUCAAUAUAUUCUUCGGAAACUUGGAAACCUGGGACUUCUCUCUGGUACUCAAGUCUUUACACCAAGUCAGUUUCAUAAUUGGUUUUGGGCAGGAAAAAAGGAUUGGGAGAUCCCUGCAGGAAGUAAUAUAAUAGCAGUUUAUCCAGGAGUACACUAUGCAACUAAACUAGACAAAAUAGUUGUAGUUGGGGCUCAUUGGGAUACUGUAGCUAUCUCAGAAUCCAAGUGUAAAUUAAAGUAUUCUAUCUUUUUCGUUGCUUUUGACAAGGAAGAGAACGGUUCGCAGGGAAGCCACGAGUUCCUUCGAGGAUUCCUAAUCAAUCAUUUUAAUGUCAGCCAUUGGCCUGAGUUUCAGGGAGCUAUAAUAAUGGAUUCCAUCAUAAACUUUAAUGGAACAAAGAACAGUCAAAUCAUUCCAACAGACUGGAGGAAUGAGGUUCCAAGCACCCUGGAACAGGUUGCAAGCAACGAAUUUCGAGGAGACUUCUUAUCAAUAUUUUACAGAAAAGAACCAGAGGGUUUACUGGCAAACCUUGUGAAACAACAUAAUCAGAAGCUAAACGAAGAUCCCUUGUUUGUAAACAAUAUUGUAAACAAACCAGACAGAUACAAGUAUAUGGAGUUCCCUGUAAAUCUACCAACUGAACCUCCUCCAAUUAAAUAUAUGGCUAAAUAUGCACAAUUCCUUAGAAGUGAUCAUGCAAGAUUCUGGUAUUCUAAAGAACAUAUGUACACACUUUCUCUCCGAGCUGUUCUACUUACAGAUACAGGACCGUAUCGGGGUUUAAUGCAACAGUGCUAUCAUCAACAAUGCGACUCUAAACGCGGAAAGUUUAAGGGAGUGUUCGCGGAUUUUAAUUUUCUGUCGAAAACAGUUCAAACUGUGAUAGACACCAUUACAGAUAUGGCAGGGGCCGAGUGUCCAGCAUCUAUUAGAUCCCAAACCAUGAAAAGGUUUGCCAAGAGCUCAGAGACAUCUUGGGAAGAAUUAAACAUUGGUGACGAGGAGAGAAAAGGAGAAGUCGGGGGAAAAGAGCUGGAGGAGGAGAAGGAGAUGAUUGAGGAGAAAGAGGAGAAGGAGGAGAAAGAGGAGGAGAAGGGGGAAGAGAAGACUGUUCCCAAAGAUCCGUUCAGUAAAACAAAAGAUUCUCUCAUGAGUGUAACUGAUUUGUUGGAAAAUGGUGUAAGUGACGAAUUAAACAAAGACGACAUUUAUAGUUCUCCUUCGUCGAUAAAAUCUUCAGCUUCUAGGUUCGGGCCUCUAGCUAAUACAGCACUGUACAUAGCGUACUCUUUUAGAUGGGUUCCUUCUCUCUUUGUGAUGGGGUAGAUUAUGUACAAAGAGUACAAUUUGCAGUAAAGGAAACACAAAACUAUAGUUACCUAGGUUUUACAGGGUGAAUUCAGUAUUAAUUACAUGUUAAAUAAUAUAAUAUUUUUUGUAAAAAUGAAAAAUAAAAUAUAUAUAUAUGGAAA